GUGUCUUCAAAGCACAUAGAUAGCGAAAAAAAUGAAUCUACAAUCGACGCAGGACCAUCAUCAAACAGCCCAAUCCUCUAACCCACCAAGUCCAGGUCUUGCACCCCAAGAACCCAAACUACCAACAGACCUUCCAAACCUCUCCUCCGCAAGUACGCUCGCAGAAGGUCCCGACAACCCACCCAUCCCACCACCACCUUUAGUCGAAGCGGCGCCGGCGCCGAGAAGCCAACUACUGAACCAGCCUCCGCUUGCACCCGGGUCUUCUCCAUCUUCCUUAUCAUCUCUCCCCUUUCUGCUUGUAGGAAGCGAGGACUUGGAACGAGAUUUCGACUUUCUCCCUCGUGUGGAAGGACGGGAGGAAGUACCUGUUGUGAACUCGGGUAGUUGGGCAAACGAGAUGCGCUUGGGUGUGGACUGUCCUGAAGAAAGUCUACUCGACCCCGCACCAUUGAGGGCAUCCGGAACAAUCAACAGACUCCCACUCAUACUCGGACUCGGCGUAUGCAUUGUAGGAGUCGCGGGGGUUGAUCUAACCUUCAGACUGCUAUGUCUUGGCGGUGAAGGUGGCCUAGUCGAACUCGAAUGGCGGCCUUUCGUGAACAACUUAGAAAUCGAUGCUGUUGCUGUUGAAGUAGAUGCUACUGGCUCAACCGUUGGCGGGGUGAGGAGGGAAGGACGUGGAAGGGGCGGCUUGCGAGAGGUGGAAGGCGAUCGUGAAGGGGGUGAUUUCUCUAGGAUGAUACGUAGGGAUUCGAGAGUGCGAUCGACAUGGAGGCUGUCGCUACUUGAAGUCUCACCAGAUGAGGCGGAGAGUUCUUCGAUGGGUUCGAUUAUGGCUGAACUGUUAGAGUGUUUGUAUCGCACAGGAGAGUCGUUCCUCGUGAGGGAACGAGAACGAAUUUGAGGCGAUGGAGAUUUGGAGGGUGGGCGUUGGAUAUGAAGAGGCGGGGGUGAUUUGGACGCUCUGCGGGACUUGAAAAUCGUGGAAGUGAUUGUUGUAGCUGUGGAGGUGCUGGAUGCGCUCGAUCGCCGAGCUUUAGGUCUCGCCGGAGGUUUCGUGAGGGUCACCAGAAUGUCUGCUGCUCGGGAGGAAGACGGUGUGGGGUCGCUUGGGGGAGAACAUGUGAGAUCGGCAGGAAGAGAGGUAGAUGACAAGGUAUACGAUCGUAGGCCGAGUGUAGAUGGCAAGGUGAUCGCGCUUGGGUCUUCUGUCGAGUCAACAUAUAUUGUCAAGGCUCGAGGCGGAGGAGCGACCAGAUCAUUUCUGGCAUG